GCUGGUCGCAAGUUUCCGUGAAGCCCGCUGCUGCUGGUGAUGGAGAAGGUUUGGUGCGAAUUGAUAUCUUCCGCAGCGUAGUGGGUGUUGAGGAGUACCAGCUGCUAGUUCCCAGUGGCGCUCCCAUUCUCGUCACUGGUCCCUGCCUAUUCAAGUGGACUUUCAAGUGGUGGGAGGAAGACGACACUUUACUACCAGCCAUGCCGGAACUAGCCAUGCUAUCUAGAAAGAUCCUCACGCGGUUGUUCAUCGUGGUUUGUGAAGUCCUUCCCGGAUUCCCUGUCUGCUGGAUGCAGGUGGCACAGUUUUUGUUGCCUCUUCUGACACCUCAAGAUGCCGUCUCGGACAUGGUCAGCUCAGAAGGCAACAUGAUGAUGCCCGCAGGGGACUUGUUGACCCGCUCACGUCGUCUCGGGUCACAGGCAGCCCCGCUUGACCUUGGGACCUUCAAUGGCUCGAGAUGGCGCAUCCCAGCAUCUGUGUUAGUUGACCACCCGCAGAUCGGGGUCAUGGUCAUCGUAUUCAUCGUGACCAUCGCAAGAAGCCUUGGGAUUGGCCGAGGCCCACGCGGUGAACGCGAGCGCCAUGUGUCCCAAGCUGAGCAGACCUACGACGUCGAUCCCCGGGCCUGGGCCAAAGCCUGGCCAGCCAUAGCUCCCAUGGCGGACUUUGACCCCACGGACUACGAUGGCAGGGACUUCUGGCUCAGAGGGGCGGGCGAUCCUUUGAACCCGGAAGAGCCGGAAGACGAACUGGGCGGCCCGAAUCCGCAGGAGCUCGCGGCCAUGUGCUUGUCCGACUUUCCUGCCGCAGAGGCUCUGGCAGCAGAGGUUCUACGGCCUGGAAACCACGUGAUCCAUCUUCAAACAGGGGCCGGCAAGACUCUCAUAGCCUUCCACCUGAUGUUGCAGGCCCUGAAACGGCAUCGCGGGAAGUUGGUGUAUUUCCUUGCCCCCACGGUGCCCCUGGUCAGGCAGCAGCAUGCAGAGUUUCAGACAGAGGUUAGGGCGAAAAGCUUGCCGAUUCAAGCUGGCAUUCUUGCUGGAGGGCGCAGAACAAACCUUGGACGUUGCCACGUGGUUUUCGCAACGCCUGGUUCCGUCCGGGAGGACAUCGUUGGAGGGGAUUUGAGCACAAUGUCUUUGAUCGUUUUGGACGAGGUGCACCAUGUCGUGGCCAAGCGGGGGAAUGGUGGCCAUGACUACUCGCACAUCGCGACGGCUUAUUCUAAACAGCCGCAUCUGCAGCGGCCGAAACUCCUUGGCUUGACGGCUUCGCCUGCUGAAAGUCUGGAGCAGACCAGGAGGCUGCUGCAGCGCCUGGAAGCCCAGCUGGUGCAAGUGCCGGAGGAGUUGGGAGCAGAGCUUCGGCAGCAGGUGCCCUCAGCGGUGCUGGUCAAGGAGGCUGUCGCUUGCAGCCCAGAGUUCCGCGCCUUCAUGGCUGCAGCAGAGACCCGAAGGAAAGAGCUGCAAAGGGAGCAGUCUGCGCUGUCGCCUGAAAGCGAUCAGUUCUUCCGUGUAACGACUCAGAUGAAGAGAGUCGCCGAGCUUGCAGCGCAUGUUCGAUGCUUCGGAUGGGACCCAGCAGCGUUUCAGGAGAUCGAGAUGCCUGAAGUUCCUGCAGAGCUGAAGCCAACAUGGGACCAGCUGCAAAAACACUCCCGACUCGGGCUUUCUCCUUGUUUUGACUGCCUUCUGUCCGCUCUUCAGCAGCAUGAUUCCGGUGAGUUUCGUUGCAUCGUGUUCGUGGAAACACGAAACACUGCAAGGAACAUGGUAAGAGCCUUGAAGUCGGUAGCUGCACGCAGAGCUGAGCUGGGCUGGCUCUUGCCUACCUGCCUAGUGGGCCAUAACAAACGAUGUGCUGAAGAGGAGGACACCAUGACCAUUGCGCAGCAGGCCGAGAUUCUGGAGAACUUUCGUCAGGGAAAUGCCAAUGUUAUGGUGGCAACCUCUGUUGCAGAAGAAGGGAUUGAUAUCCCUUGCUGCAACGUCGUUGUGCGACUGGAGCCUGCUCGGACGGUGAUCAAGUUCAUUCAAGCUCGGGGACGAGCGAGGUAUCCGAACAGUCGAUAUGUGGUCAUGUGCUGUGAUUUCGAGGAGGAGAGGCUUGUCGCAGAGGUAGAGGCACGGGGAUCCGCGCUGCAGCAGCAGCUUCGGAAUCUGAGUCCAUCCUCGACAGCUGUGAACUGCUGGAGCACUCCGGGGCCGGCGGCACUGGAGCCGAUUUUGGCCUUCGAUCCGGCAGCCCGCGCGCACUCGGACUUUCCGAACGGUCUGCGAGUUAAGCUCGAGGAGAUGGUGGUUGACAUCGACACCUUAAUGCCUACUCAGGCCACCGUCCGUAAGACUUUUUCUGAUGGUCGAUGUGUCCUAGAGACCAUGGUUCGGCUGGUGCAGCGCCCGGCCGACAUCCCAAAGCUUCCGCUGGUGUGGGUUUGCAAGGGGCGCGCGAAGUUGCUGGGCAGGCGAUCUCCUUUUUCGGAUCCCGAGAAGGAGAUCUGGCUUUCUGCAGAUAAUCGCCGCUGCUUUCUUCUUAAAGUUAUUGCCCCGUUGUGUGAUCAUCACCGCGUGCGCGUUGUCAGAAUGGAAUGGACGCAUGAGAUCGAUGCCAAGCUGAAGCAGUGCCCUCAAACCGAUGCAUGGGCAACGGACCUGAAGAGCACUGAGCGUGUCCGUCAGGAAGUUCUCGACAGGCUCACAGGCGUGGAGCGACCUCUGAAGUGCAUCAAGCAUGUCGACUCCAGGCGCUUUAAUGACAACGAAGAUUACGUGUCGAAGCUGAACUUGCACAUGCAGAAACAAAGUCGGCCACAUGCAAAACAGUCGGUCGCGGACUACGAGGAGCUUCCUCGCAGCGGUGGGUGCCACAUGGGCAGUUUCUCGUACCGGGUGCUUGUCAACGGGGAGGUCUUCCAUGGAGACCCCCAGCCAAAGGUCAAGGCAGCCAAGCAAGCUGCUGCUUAUGCUGCUUGUGUCGCGCUCGGUGUGGGACACCUCUGA